AUGCACUCCACAUUCUUCAUUCGAAUGCUUUUUGUAGCAUUCGCUGCCGCGAAUACCACCGCCUCCGCGACUCUUCUCAACCGACAAAACUGCGACGAAGGCAGCAAGCGCGUCUGUUACGGGAAGGAUGGUGGCCAAAGCCAGUCACUGGACCGCGCCGACAUCGAAUAUGUGGCUUCUUAUCUUCGAUUCGUUGGCGACUCCAACACUGGGGCUAAUGCGCGAUGGACGAUGCCUGCCAGCGGCGCUUGUGAAGAAUGGGCGAUUGCCGUUCCUGACGCCGGCACCGUUCUGGCCUUAGCUAAACACAGCAAACCCGACGUUUCAACAUCGAUUCUUUAUGCUGACAUCGCGGCGACUAUUGAUGCCAUCGGGGGUCUUUUGGAGUGCCAGAGCAACGGCGGCCAAAUGCCUACCAUGGUCAACAAAACCAACCCAGCGUACACGUCAGCAGAAUACAAGGCCACCAAAGCAACGCCGGAUGGAAUCACAAUCAAGCUGGUCCGCGAUCCCAAGUUCUCCGGGUAA